AUGGCGCGUGUAAUGGUUAUUUUAAUUGGGUUUCUAACAAUUCACAAUUUCCUUUGUGCACCAAGCGAAGCUCAUGAUAAAUUGGGUAAGGAGAAGCGGGAAUUAGAAAACGACGAACCAAAAUUGAACGAUCAGCCGUACUCGUUAUUUGAGAGCGAUGACACUCGACACGAUAAGAAAGUGCAAGGACCAAGACAAAAGCGUUGGUACGACAACAUUCCUUACAACUACCCGCCACCAUUCUACAGACCGUACGAUACGAGUUCAGAAUUAGAAAGUAGUCUGUUGUACAUUCGGUCAAGUCUGGAAGACAUAUUGAGAACGGCAAAGUCGACCCCUCCACCACCGCCGCCUAGUUUUUACCCAGUGUUUGUGCCCAUCUAUAUACCUCAGGUGGCAUGCGGUUGCAAUCCAAAUAAUAACGAAGAACCGACUACUAAAGCGCCCGAACAGCCCGCUGUUACGGAAGCCCCAAAAAACGAAACCGUACCCGGUUUACAUGAUCGAUUCCCUGAGAUGGAAGACGAUCGUCAGAAUUGGGGGUUGUUGAUCAACAAUACAGUGUCUGACUAUGAUGACGACGACGACGGCAGCAGACCAAUCUCACUUGGCACAAUCGCGGUAAACGACAAUAACGGAGUACCCGCCCCGUCAGUCGAUCACGGAAGCGUGCAGGCCGAUAUAAACAAUCUGGCAACGCAAGAGCUAACAUCACUCAGUCCGCCAAGAGUUCUUCCAUCUACAGUCGACCCGUUGAAGCGUAUUUGCGAUGACGCUGUUCUGAGCUGUUGCCUGGGACCCGAAAAGAGCUUCAGAUGUAUCCAGUCGCGAGGCUGUCAAGACAAAGAUUUAAGGGACACUCCUUGCGACCCACAACGCAUACUUGCUACCAUCACCAGGCUUCAAAGUUAUUAUAGU